ACGUGCCAUGGAUGUUUGAAGAAAAACUUCAGACUUGCAUGCCUUCGUCUUCUUCUUCUUCAUCUUCAGCUCCGUUCACAAGAGUUUCAGGUUCUUUAUUUCUUCCCAUUCAUUUUGCUCAAUCAUAUCCAGUUCUCUAUGAACACUGAACGCCAAGAAACACGAACCAAAUGACAAUUUCGUUGUCCAAUCAGCUCCUCACUCGCACCCCACUCUUUUUCAAGAACCUUGAACCCACCACAAAUCACAAGCACCCCAGCAGCUCUAUAGUGAAAUGCAAAAAACAUGAAUUUAGGAACCGAAACCCCACCGUGAAUCCACAGAGCAUUAAGGCUUCUCCAGAAGAUACACAUACCUUGAUGCAUCUAAAUGAUUUCAUAGAACCCGAUUUAACAAGAAUGAGUUUUGAUGAAAGUCUGUAUGUUCUUGAAUGUAUGGUGAAGAUGGGGUACAAGCCAGAUGUGGCUGUGUGUACAAGGCUAAUUAAGGGGUUUUUUACAGUAAAGAAAGCAGAAAAGGCAGUGAAAGUGAUGGAGCUUUUGGAGAAAUUUGGUGAGCCAAAUGUGGUUACAUAUAAUGCUAUGAUUACUGGGUUCUGUAAAAUGAAUAGGGUUAGGGAAGCUAAUAGGGUGUUGAAUAGGAUGAGAAUUAGAGGUAUUUCCCCUGAUGUUAUUACCUAUACCAUAAUCAUAGAGUGUCUUUGUGGCAGGGGGAAAUUAGGGUUAGCUUUGAAGGUUUUGGAUCAGAUGAAGGAAGAAAGAAAUUGUGAGCCAGAUGUUGUGACAUACACAAUCUUGAUGGAGGCUACGCUCCGUGGAGGGGACAUUGGGGGAGCGAUGAAGCUUCUAGACGAGAUGUUGUCGAGAGGACUUGAACCGAACAUAUACACUUAUAAUACAAUCCUUAAAGGGUUGUGUAGAAAAGGUAUGAUGGAUCACGCGUAUGAGUUGAUUAGGAGUUUGCCGGCUAGGGGAUGUAGACCGGAUGUGAUUUCGUAUAAUACUUUGUUGAGGGCGUGGGUGAAUAGCGGGGAUGGGGAUGGCGGGGAGAAGCUACUAAAAGAGAUGGUUGCUAGAGGAGUUCAGCCAAAUAUACAGACUUAUAACUUAGUCCUCAUAAGAUUGUGUGGUAAAGGCAUGUUGGAUCAAGCGUAUAAGUUUAUUAGGAGUUUUCCAGCCCGGGGCUGCAAACCGAAUGUGAUUUCAUAUAACAUUUUGUUGGGGGCGUUGUUGGACAGGGGGAAUUGGGAUGACAGGGAGAAGCUAGUGAAGGAGAUGUUGUCCACGGGUUGUGAGCCAACCGUGGUCACCUAUAGCAUCUUGUUGAUUUCAUUGUGCCGAGAUGGGGAGCUAAACGAGGCAAUGAAGCUGUUGCAGAUCAUGGUGGAGAUUGGGAUAACGCCCGAUACAUACGUUUACACUCCCUUGAUUAGAGCAUCCUGCAAGGAGGGGAGACUCGAUUUGGCCAUCGAUCUUUUGGACGAAAUGGUUUCUAAUGGUUGCUCGCCCAACACACUCAACUACAACGUUAUCCUUUCCGCAAUGUGUAAAGAUGGACACGCUGAUCUCGCUGUUGACACCUUCGAGAAACUCUGCGAAACCGGCUGUCUUCAAGACGUGAGCGCUUUUAAUUCAAUGUUGAGCGUUUUAUGGAACAUCGGGGAAAGAACUAAGGCGUUGAAUAUGGUUUUGCGAAUGAUAGACAAAGGGAUUGAUCCCAAUGAGUUCACAUAUUGUACACUAGUUUCUUGCUUAUGCAAAGGUGGAAUGGUGGAUGAGGCUAUGGUGCUGUUAAAAGAUAUGGAGAGUUGCAGUUUUCCACCUAAUGUUUACAUUUACAACAUUAUUUUGCUUGGGUAUUGCAAAUCUCAAAGAUUAGAUGAGGCAAUUGGUGUCUUUGAAGAGAUGAUUGCAAAGGGGUGCCAGCCAAAUGAAAAGACUUACAUUAUACUAAUCAAUGGCUUUGGUUUCCAAGGAUGGAGGGAUGAGGCAAUUGAGCUGGGAACCACACUCUUCCAAAUGAAUGUUAUUUCAAGCAAAUCACUACUUGGUUUGAAAAAGACCUUUCUAAAACAUCAACCCGGAGUAGUCGGUAAACGAUCUAUUAAUGUAAUAGCAAGAGAAAAAUAUUCAGGGUAAAAGUUAAAUUCUAUUGGUGUGACUUAGAUGAAUCUAGAUUAGCCUUACAGUAGUGAAAAUAUCAGGUGUUAUAUGGAACAAGAAAAUUGUCCUUUCCCAUUCUUGAUACUAACCUUUUAUUCUUUAAA